UUCCUGAUUACUUUGGUAUAUGUACCUUAUUGUUAACUAACAGUUAACCUAUUUUUACACCUACUGACUAUUACUUUUACAGGACAGAAUGCUGUCUCUGACACCAACUCCAUGGACAGUGUCACUGCUGACCCUUCCACCCUAGCUACUGCUCUCCUACGUGAGCUAGGUGCAAACAAUGGUCAUGCCCUGACCCAUAGAAGGCGCAUCCUCAAUAACCUGGUGUCAGAUUUGGGCUCAGAGCCAGACCCUCCACGGGAAUUAGACCCUGAUGUUAAUCAUCCUCUGCCUAUCACUCCUAUUGUCCCAGACUUACCCACAAACCGCCCUGGCCCAUCAAUCCCAACUAAUAUUCAACCUACCUCUUUACCUACCAAUGCUCCGGCAGCUAUUCCAACAACUCACCAGCCUAUCUUUGUUCCUCCAACUACUUCUUCCGAUACUCAAGUUCCCCCUAACAAGUUAACUCCUUCUCAAAUUGCUUUCCUUCAAGCUUAUGCUGGUAACUCAACUACGGCCAAACCUGGGAGGUCAACUAAGAAAUCUAAACGCAAGAAAAAAUCUAAAAAACAGGUUUCUUCGGACAGCUCAAGUUCUUCAAGUACUUCUACUAACUCAGGUAGCUCCUCCAGCUCAGAGAAAGAUGAGUCCUCAAACAGGAGUAUCCUUUGUAACAUGUGGCCCGUAGAGAAGAGACCUCUUGGUUUGCAGAAUAAAGCAUCUUUCAACGCUAUUAGCAUGGAUAAUUUACUCUGUCUGGCUAAAUUCGACAAGCAGAACCUGAAGGCCAUUGAAGGUGACCUCUCCUCUAACUUCUUACCUGACCGCAAACCUAAGUCCACCUCGUUCAAGAAUGCUAUUGACAAUGGGUUCAAGAAGCUCCAUCCAGCCCGGUUCUUGCGGCUUCCUCUGUCCAAUAUCAAGAUCCUAAGAUCUGCUCUCACCAAUAUAAGAACCUUGACUUGAAAUUCAGUGGUGGCAACAAGAAACUAACCCAGAAAACAAUUCAGGCUCUUCAUGAUCGCACCAAAUGUCUCCAGUUUAAAAUGUUCUUGUCCUCAAAUGUCAACGUUGCAAACAAGCCAGUGAAAAAGAUUGAGUGCAGAGAAGAUGAAGGCAUUGUGUCUACUCUGGAUUAUGCUUGGGAAAAUCCAACCAGCAUCUCUCAAAUCUCGGAUGGUAUGCUUAACUACUGCACUGCUCUGCACCACCUCUGGCCUUAUGACCCCACUGGCCUCAUCCUCAUGCGUAUUGUCAAAAAAUACAAUUUUGCUUCCCCAGCUCCUACCAUGUCAGAGAGAAUUUCCGUGAUUACUGCUUUCAUCAACUUGGUUCUACGUGAGAACUCCUCUAGGGCCAUCAGAAAGGACGUAAUCAUGAGCCAUGAGGAGCAGGAGGAAGCUUUGAAGUCUAUCUUGGUUUCAUCAGGUUACAACAGCACUGUUCCUUCUAACUUUAGGAACAUUAGGAAUGAAGUGGAUCGCCUCUCUAGACCUAAAUUUACCCCUCAACCUUCAAGGUCUAAUUUUACUCCUGCUAACUCUGCUCCAAAGCCUAAGAUUAAUGUAGUUCUUCACCGUGGCACUCCUAUCUGCUUCAACUACAACACAGAGUCCUGCAGGAAUCCUUCAUCCUCGGUUGGUUGUAAAGACUCAAAGACAGGCAAAGAUUUCGCUCAUGCAUGUAACAAAUGGCUACACACCAGGAAUACCCACUGCUUCGCCCCACACCCCAGAGUCAAACAUGUCUGAUUCUGGAAUUUGGUUUCCUGCAGCCUAACUAGUUUAUUUUUCUAAAUGUGUUCUCGGAUCUCCAGACCUAUAGAUUACCCGGAACUAAGCUUGCUUUAUAACUAAUUGUGUUUGCAGUGCCUUUUAAUCUAAGCCGGAGCAAUGCUCUAAAUGAUUCUAAAUGCAAUUGAACUAUUUGCUUUAUGCUGUAGCCCUAUACUAUGGCUCUGUCCUCUGUGCCUCAAUAUAUUAAUAUUUGUUGAUAAAUUUAAAUAAACUUUAUUUGUUUUGUUCUUACAG